AUGCCGCGUGAGGACAUCCAGUGUUCUCCCGUCACCAUUAAAUCCAAUAACAGCGCGAAUUUCUGGCGUUUCGUCUCCGUUAUAUUCGUGUCUGCUUUUGUUGCAGUAACGUACUUCAUUUUGAAGAAACCUAUCGACUCCUUAGGUGAUCCUUCUGACCAGUUUAUUAUCAAGCAUAUACCCAAAUUGUACACUCGUCCUGAACGCGUGGAGCCUGAGGAGAGAGACGUCUUUCAAGGGUUUCGCACGUCGUUUUUGCCACCAGAAGAACUUGUACUUGCUAGGAGACAGGGGGACUCUACUAAAGCCGUCUAUGAGGGUAAUGUGACCAGUGAUAUUCUGAUCUGGGAAAGUUCUAAGAAGAAGACUGGUUCUCCAACAAGAGUCAAACGAAAGAGCCAUUUCAGUUUUACUUCGCAAGAUUAUGAUAAGUGAGUACCUACGAAAACUCAGACUUACGGCGGCGAUAGUGAUAACCAAACUGAUUUUGAUUCAGAAGAUUUUAACGAAUAUGAAUCACCAGACAGUGCUGAGAAUACUCAAUACGAGGAUGAUGAUAACAUAAAAAGUAUUAUACCGGAGACAAACGUGGACAGAGGACCUUUAGAUGACGUGAUAGAACAAGUAAGGGGUCAACCUGAACUUGAAGAAGAAGAGAUGAUUUCAUCAGCUCACGUGUACAAACCUUCCAAAAGUUUCGCAGGCAUACAUACAUUUUGGAAAGGCCAAGGUGACAUAGAAAGUAUAAGAAUAACGCAGGCAAAUAUAAUGAAACAAUAUAUGGAUGCUGAAGCUGAUCCAUGCCAUGACUUUUAUCAAUACGCAUGUGGUAACUGGGCGUCACUGAAUCCAAUUCCCGCUGAUAAAGCAGGCUAUGAUACUUUUGAAAUGCUAAGAGAAAACUUAGAUACCGUUUUGAAAGAUUUAUUAGAAUUUAAAUCGCACGAAAAUAUAACGAGUACCUAUCCAGGGGCUCACUUAGAUAUUAAAGAUAUUUUCUUUAACAAAAUUCCAACCAAACCUACUAAGGAACAUGAGCACAAAUUUAACCCCGCAGAUUUUCAUAAACUCUUAGAGUCCAUCCUUAAAGAGAGUGCGAAAGAUCUAUUCAACAAAUCUUCAUCUAAAUCUGAUCUACGAGAGAAAACAGAUAUAGUGAAUCGAAUACGAAGAUAUUUAGAUAAAAAAUCUAAUCACAAGAUGAAACCGUAUACAUACAUAAAACAUAAUUUUCGAAAACAUAAAAGAUUUAAGCGACGUGCCAACCAUCGACUUAAUUACACUCAAGAGCGGAAUAGGCACAAAAGUAAAAGAAAGCAUAAUAAAAUAAAUUUUAUUUCAAGAAAAUUAUUAGAGUAUGCACAUACAGAAUCCAACAAUAAGAGAAUUGUAAGAGAAAGCGCUACCAAAGACAUAAAUAAAAAUAUUGAUAGCUACGAUGACCCCGCAAACGGAGAUGCUGCUCUGAAAGCUAGAUUCUUAUUCAAAUCGUGCAUGAAUUAUGACAUUCUAAAAAAACGUGGUCAUCAACCGCUCCUAGAUUUACUAGAUCUUUUCGGUGGAUGGCCCAUACUUAAACUUCAAUGGAAUGCAAGUAACUUUGAUUGGCUUGAGCUUAUGGCAAAGUUGCGGUUAUAUAAUAAUGAUAUUUUAAUAUCAGAAUGGGUCGGGCCAGAUAUAAAAAAUUCAGAUGAAUUUGUCAUCCAAUUUGAUCAAACAAGUCUAGGUCUCCCAACAAGGGACUACUUUCUCCAUGAUUCCAAUAAAGUAUAUUUGGAUGCGUAUAAACAUUAUCUCAUUAAAAUUGCUCUACUACUUGGUGGAAAUUCGGAGCACGUUGCCCAAAGUGCAGAUCAACUCAUUGAUUUUGAAAUAAAAUUGGCAAAAAUAACUUCUACACCUGAAGAUAGAAGAAAUAUAUCGGAACUUUAUCGAAGGAUGCCUCUCCGAAAACUUGAAGAGCUAGUGCCUGAGGUUCAAUGGAGACGUUACUUGUGUAUAGUCAUGAAUCGAACCAUCAAUUCUGAUGAAACCGUUGUACUAUUCGCUCUUAGUUACGUAAGGCAUUUGGUUCAGUUGAUAAAAGUGACGGAACCGAGCGUAUUGUCAAAUUACUUGCUGUGGCGCUUCGUGAGACACCGGGUUAACAACCUCGAUGACCGUUUCCAAUCAGCAAAACAACAAUUUUACUUCAUAUUAUUUGGUCGAGAGCAAGCACCACCUAGAUGGAAAAAUUGCAUAUCUCAAGUAAAUUCCAAUAUGGGAAUGGCUUUGGGUUCGAUGUUCGUCCGGAAAUAUUUUGACGAAAUGAGCAAAAACGACACUCUGACAAUGACGAGAGAGAUACAGCAGUCAUUCAGAGAAUUACUAAGUCUCACUGACUGGAUUGAUGAUAAAACGAAAACCCUAGCUGCACAGAAAGUAGAUGAUAUGAUGUUGAGAAUCGGCUACCCUGAUUUCAUUCUCAAUAAACAGGAGUUGGAUAAUAGAUAUAAAGAAGUAAAGAUCCAUCCCGAUAAGUUUUUUGAGAAUAUUUUAAAUAUUCUACAGCACUUGACGAAAAUGGAACAAUUACGUAUUGGUCAACCAGUGAACAAAACUCUUUGGAACAGCGCCCCAGCUGUGGUAAAUGCCUACUACAGCCGGAAUAAGAAUCAAAUCAUGUUCCCUGCCGGCAUCCUGCAGCCGCCAUUCUAUCACAGACAUUUUCCGAGAUCUUUGAACUACGGCGGAAUCGGAGUCGUUAUUGGUCAUGAAAUCACGCACGGCUUCGACGACAAAGGUCGCCUGUUCGAUUGCUAUGGCAACCUUCACCGGUGGUGGUCUGACUCCGCCAUCGAGGCGUUUCACAACCGAGCCCAAUGCCUCAUUGACCAGUAUGGACAGUACGUGGUCCCUGAAGUCAACAUGAAGCUGAAUGGAGCUAACACUCAGGGUGAGAAUAUAGCCGACAAUGGCGGAGUAAAGCAAGCAUUCAGAGCCUAUCUACGGUGGUUGAAGAAGAAUGGAGCUCAAGAUGAAACCCUGCCAGGCCUUAACCAUACACAUACUCAACUAUUUUUCCUAAAUUUCGCACAGGUGUGGUGCGGCGCGAUGCGUCCCGAAGCGAUGCGCAACAAACUAAAGACAGCAGUGCAUUCCCCUGGCCGGUUCAGAGUCAUCGGAACUCUGUCCAACUCUCACGACUUCGCCAAAGAGUUCAACUGUCCCCCAGGCUCGCCGAUGAACCCCACGCAUAAAUGUGACGUGUGGUAGUUAAAAUUAGGUAAGGUUAUCAAUGCCUCACCCAGAUGUAGUAAGAUAGUCCAUCUAGGUAAACUACGCAGAUGGACACACAUUAGCUUCCCCAAAGUAAGUUUGGGAAUUGCGUUAAGAUACCAAAUCAAUCUUGACUACAAAUGUCUGAAAAUAGUACCUACAUACUUUUGCCGACGUUUAGUUAAGCAUUAUUUCAUUAAUAUAACAGGAAUAUCAUCAAACUCGGGGCCACCCUACUGUACAUUGUACGUAUGUACUACGUAAAUUCCCUUUACCUUAACAUUUGAAGCUUAUCAUACCGUGUUUUAUCAUGAAUGAAAUAAUACAGAUAAAAUUGUAAGGACUAACAUAAUCUUUCUCGUUACUGAACCAAAGAUAUAAAAUAAUCUUAUACAACAAAUAUUGUGAUAUUUAUGUGUAUUUUUAAAACUUUUGUAAAAUAUUAGUACGUUAAUGUACUUUAAGUUUGUAUUUCGUAAUCAAUCACCUUUUAGUUUUAUAUGCUUUGCCUCUAUUUAUAAGUUUUGAAAUAAAAUUUAUUUAAUAACGGACUCUUUUUGUUUCUCAUAAAACCAGUAAAUACGUGGACCACACGUAAAUGAC